AAUCAAAAAUAGCCGGUGCGCGGCAGUCAGUGCGGCGAUGUCGACGGCGAACGACGGUUCGGCGGUGCGGUUCGGCCGAUGGUGGUGGUGCUGGCGUAGAAGAAGGCGGAGUACUACUGCCCGCGGCCCUACGAUGCCGACGACGGAAUACCCGAGGACGAUCGUCCUGCUGACCGUGUUGGCGUUGGUAUCGGCCCUUCUCGGCCACGCCGACGCUGCCGCGAGGACGAAAGCCGAGGAGUCGGCCUCGCCCCGCGGCUCGGCCGGUAGGCAGAAGGCCGAGCCGGUGAUCGAGGAAGUCACCACCAAGCAACUCGAGCGGCUCCUCAACGAGAAGGACUUUGUCGCUGUGUACUGGUAUGCACGAAGUUGCACCACAUGCGACAGAGUCUUGGCCGAAUUGGAGAAAAUUGACGACGAUACGGACCACUUUGGAGUCGACUUUGUCAAGAUCAAUGAUAAGCGACUGGCAAAGCAAUAUGGCAUCAAGAACUUCCCGGCUCUCACGUACUUCCGCGAGAAAGAACCGAUCAUAUAUGAAGGUGACUUGAUGGACGAGGAAAACGUACUGGAUUUCCUGACGAGUUUAGAAGCGAUGGAUCUGCCGGACCGUAUCGAGGAAGUUAACGCAAAAAUUUUGGGGAAGAUCGUCGAGGAUACCGACUUUGUGGCGGUUCUUUUUUGUCCGGAUUCGCAGCGGUGCGCGGGCGCCGGUUCCAACAAACCAGACUGCAAAAAAUGUCUCAAGGCCCUGCAGGAACUGGAAAACAUCGAUGACGAGGCCGAUCAAUUAGGUAUCGGUUUCGUAAAGAUCGCAGACGAGGAGCUCGCGGACGAGUAUAAUCUCGGUCCUCUCCCGGCUCUUGUGUAUUACAGGCAUCAAAUUCCAAUAAUUUACGAAAAUGAACUGAGCAGAGAAGAAGAUGUGCUGGAAUGGCUAGUGGCGAACAAGAGCACGGGAGACGAAGAGGACGUUAUCGAAGACGUCACCUCCAAGACUUUGAACACACUGAUUGGAAGCAUCGACAAUCUAGUCGUUCUGUUCUAUGAUCACGACGACGACGAGUCUAUGCAAGUUCUGAACGAGCUGGAGAAGAUCGACGACGAUUGCGACAAGCAUGGGAUCCAGUUCGUGAAAAUCGACGACGAGAAGGCAACGGAGGAUUUCGGGAUCGACGACCUGCCCGCGAUCGUUUACUUCGAGAAGCAAAUUCCAAACGUUUACGACGGAGACAUAGAGAACGAGGAUGAGAUCCUGGAGUGGCUGCUGUCGCAGCUCGAGAAGGACGAGAUUGAGGACGUCACCGAUGAGAUGCUAGACCGUCUCAUUAAGGACGGGAAAACCCUGGCCGUGCUGUUCUACGAUAACAACGACCGUAAGUCGCAGAGGGUUCUCAACGAAUUGGAGAACAUCGAUGACGAGUGCGACCAGCUCGGCGUGACGUUUGUGAAGAUCGACAACGUGGACGAGGCGAAGGAGUUCGGCAUCGAGAAGAUACCGACGAUGCUCUACUUCGAGAAAGGCAUCCCGAUGGUGUACCAGGGCAAUCUCGAGGACGAGGAGAAGGUGUUCAAGUGGUUGGAGCAGCAGCAAAAGUCCGACCAGAUCGAGGACAUCACCGACGAGAUGUUGGACAUGGUUAUCGAGAAGAUGCCGCACGUAGCCGUCCUCUUCUAUGACAAAGACCAAAAGAAGAGUCAGAAGGUGUUGGGCGAGCUGGAGAACAUCGACGACGACUGCGACCAGCACAACAUAGCCUUCGUAAAAAUCAGCGAUCUAGAAGAGGCGAAGGAGUACGGUAUAGACUCGCUUCCCACGCUGGUGUUCUUCGAGCGAAGAAUACCGCACAUUUACGACGGCGAUCUCAUGAACGAGGACCAAUUGCUGGGCUGGCUGCUGCACCAGAAGAAGCACGUUGAGAUCCCGGAAGUAACGGACGAGAUGCUGGAGAAGCUCCUGGAGACCUCGCCGUACAUGGCAGUCCUGUUUUACGACAAGGACGACAAGCAGGACAUACGGAUACUGAAUGAGCUGGAGAACAUCGAUGAUGAUCUGGAGAAGGAGGGUAUCGUGAUCCUGCGUAUGGAUAACGACGCCGAGGCGAAGGAAUACGGUAUUGAUCAUCUGCCGACUUUAGUGUACUUCGAAGACAAGAUCCCGGCGAUCUACGAGGGCGACCUGCUCAACGAGGACGAGGUCCUCGAAUGGUUGAUACAGCAGAAGAACAGCGCCACCAUCGAGGAAGUCACGGAUGAAAUCUUGACGGACCUCAUAAACGAUCACGAAUACGUCGUGGUGUACUUCAGUGGAAGCUGCGACGAAGGGGAGGAAUGCGACAACAUUCUCGACGAGCUGGAGAAUAUCGAUGACGAGCUCGACGAGACAGGCAUCAUAUUCGUCACCACCGAGGACACGAGCGUCGCGAAGAAAUACGGUGUCAAGCAUUUCCCGACCCUCGCGUUCUUCCGCAACAAGGACCCGCUGAUUUAUACCGGCGAUAUCGACGACGAGGACGAAGUGCUGUCUUGGAUCACCGACGAGGACACUCUGGAGAUUCCGGGGAAGAUCGAGGAGGUGAACGCUAGGAUGUUGGAGAACAUUCUCGACGAGAACGAUUACGUCGUGGUCUUUUUCUACAAAGAAGGAGACAAGAAGAGCCAGAAGAUCCUCCUGGAGCUCGAGAACAUUGACGACGAGUGCGAGGAGAAGGAGAUCGACUUCGUGAAGAUCUCCGACGAAGGAAUCGACAAGGAGUACGAUCUGCCGGGGCUGCCGGCGUUGGCGUUCUACCGGCACAAGUUCCGGCAGAUUUACGCGGGUGACAUGAUGCACGAGGAAGCGAUCUUGGAGUGGGUACUCGAACUUCGCACCUCCACGCCGGACGUUAUCGAGAGCGUCGACAGGAAAACGCUGCAAGUGCUCAUCAACGACGUCGAGCACCUCGCCGUGUUCUUCUACGACGACAAGUGCGAAUCCUGCCCGGAGAUCCUCGAGGAGUUGGAGACGAUUGACGACGAUACCGACAAGCACGGUAUUCAGUUCGUCAAGUCGAGCGACGCCAAACUCGCGGCCGAGAUCGGCGUCUUCUCUUUCCCGGCUCUCGUUUACUACGAGACCGGAGUGCCCAUCAUGUACGACGGUAAUCUUCUCGACGAGAAUGAAGUACUCGAAUGGAUGGUGAAGCAGAAGACUGACGAAAGCAUCGAGGAGAUCGAUCGUGAGAUUCUCGCCAAGUACAUCGAGACGAAAGAAUUUCUCGCUGUCGUAUUCUACAAAGAGGAAGAUCCGGAAAGUCCUAGAGUGCUUAGACAUAUCGAGCUGAUCGAUGACGAAGCGGCGGAGUACGGGAUAAAGAUCGUCAGGAUGAAGGAUCGACUGAUGGCAAAGAAGUACGGCUUCCGGAACCCACCCGGCAUUACCUACUUCCGCAAGGGUAAGAGUAUCAAUUACGACGGUGACAUCGACGACGAAGAGGAGAUUCUCGACUGGCUGACCAACCCCGAGAACAUGGAGUUGACCGAUCACAUAGAGCGUAUCAACAAGAAAAUGUUCCAGAAAGUCCGACAAACGACGGAUUACCUGGCAGUGUUUUUCUACAGCAACGACUGCAAACAAUGCGGCCGGGUGUUGGCGGAAAUCGAGCACAUCGACGACGAGGCCGACGGCGCCGGCAUCAAAUUCGUGAAGAUCGACGACAAGCAAUUGGCCAAGCACUACGGCGUUUUCGCGUUACCGGCGAUACUUUUCUUCAAAAUGGGAUCGAAAGAGCCGGUUAUAUACGCAGGUGACUUGUACGACGAGGAGCAGAUCUUGCAGUGGUUGAUGACGCAAAAGGAUCCCUCGGGCGAGGUGAUCGAGGCUCUGGAGGGCGAAGAUCUGCUGAACCUGAUACGAGAAUCGGAAUCCUUAGCCGUGUACUUCUGGAACAGAACGCUUUGCGACAUGUGCCAAUCAAAAGUGUACCGCAAGCAGAUGCGCCACAAACAGGAGCACAGAAAUGCAGAACACGUGGAACACGCGGCCGAGGACAUCGAUGAUCCCGACGAUUGCGCGCAAUGCGUGACGAUACUCGAGGAAUUGGAGAACAUCGACGAUGAUUGUGACCGCCACGGCAUCACGUUCGUGAAGACACAAGACUUCAAGGUAGCUGAGGAUUACGGAGUGACCGAUUUUCCAGUGUUAGUCUACUUUGAGAAUCAAGUGCCAAAUGUGUUUGAAGGUGACCUGUCUAUAGAAGAGGAGGUAUUACAGUGGCUGAUUACUCAAAGAACGGAAGAUCGGAUCGAACUGAUCACAAGAGUGAUGUUGGAAACAUCCGUUGAGGAAACUCAAUACUUAGCUGUUUACUUCAAUAAACAAAAUUGCCACAUAUGCGACGAGAUCUUGGAAGGCCUGGAGAAAAUCGAUGAUGAGUGCGACGUGUUCGGGAUUCACAUGGUGAAGAUUCAAGACCCUCAGCUAGCGAAACGGUACUCGAUCAAGACGUUCCCGGCGCUCGUUUAUUUCCGCAAUGGCAAUCCUCUUCUCUUUGAAGGGGAUCUCCAGAAUGAAGAAUCUGUCCUUGAGUGGCUGAUCGACGAUGAGAAUCGCGAGCUCGCCGAUGAAAUAGAAUCUGUCAAUGACAGGAUGUUGGAAAGACUCCUCGACGAAUCUCCUUUUCUAGCGGUUUUCUUCUAUGACGAAGACUGCCCGGAAUGUGACGAGAUCAUGGAAGCAUUAGAGAAAAUCGACGGCGAAGCUGAUCUUUUCGGUAUCGAUUUCGUUAAGAUCUCCAGCUCGGAGGCAGCCGAAAAGUACGGUAUCCUCAACGUGCCGUCCCUCGUGUACUUCCGGAAGAAAACGCCGCUCGUAUACGACAGUGAUCUCACACAGGAGGACAAGAUUCUGCAGUGGCUCACCUCGCAGGAUGUGUUCGAGAUCAAAAACGAGAUCGAGGAAGUGAACAAGAAGAUGCUAGACAAGCUGUUGGACGAGAACGAAUUCCUCGCGGUUUUCUUCUACGAUCAUGACAACCCGGAGAGCGACAAAGUGAACGAGAAAUUGGAAGAGAUUGACAGCGAGACCGAUAAUUUGGACAUCACAUUCGUCAAAAUGGCAGACCCCAGAUACGCCAGAAAGUGGGGAGUCACUAAAUUACCCGCUAUUGUCUACUUUCGUAAACGAUUCCCGAGCAUCUACAGAGGCGACAUGCACAAGGAACAGGACGUUCUCGAGUGGCUGCGCAAGAACCGAUACCGCCAGCCGGAGCUGAACAUCUACAUGUACAUGCUGAUUGCCAUAACUAUCCUUUUCCUCAUGUACACCGGUUUCCUUCUGUCGUGCUUCCGUACGGAACCGGCCGCGGCCGUCGCGCAUCCCAAGCAAGCGUGAACGCGUGUCAGACACGGGCAGAAGUGACGAGAGAAAAUAAAAAGACAGGACUCGUGAAUUCUCGCGCGUGUGCGUUGCUCGAUACUUAAUUGAUACUCUCCGAUUCCCGAUUAGCGGAUCAGUUCGUCUGGAACGAACGACUUGUACAACGCGUUCUCUGCUGUUGCGAUAAGAAUGACAUGACAAUGACUAUUACUCUACUAUUACUACUGGAAGAAAAAAUAGCGCAAGCGAGCGAUCUGCCUGCCCACCUGCCUGCCUGCCUACCUGCCUGCCUACCUAUCUACAAAACGACCCCGGACCGCUGUCAAACGCUAGGAUAUGCGCUAUCGCAAAAAAAGAGGGAGAGAAUGUGCACAAAUAUUAAAUCUCGCCCCGAUACUCGAAGGCUGAAAAGCGGAAACUGUGUGAGUCCGUUCUUCUUAGCUGGAUUAUGUUGCGCUUUUGGUUUUUAUGAAGCAUGUAUAUAAUCCAGUGUUGAAGAAGAAAGAAAUAGAGUUUCAGUGCAACACUGGUUCAGCUGAAAAAAAUGGACCUUGACCUUCUUGCACGUUUUGCAGCACGAGUCUCCGGAAUUUCAUCCCUCGAGUGUCGUGAGGAACGAGAUGAACUAAAAUAAAAAAAAAGAACACGGCUUUCUGGAAAUUAAUCACGAUCGGUAACAUUGUAACAGGUUUUAUCUCGCGGAACACGAGGACCUAGUAAUAUUAACACGAUGAUGUUUUUGGUUGAAAUACUUUGGACCCAUUUGUACCUCGAUAUCACCCUCAGUCGACGUUAACCCUUAACGUUAUUAAUAUAUUACACAUCGAUAUCGAUGUGUAUCUUGCCACCGCGAUCUAUCUUAUUUUCUUCUAAUAACUAUCGAGUAUUGUGCUCUAUCGAUUGCUAUUGUUCGUUAGUAUUGCUCGUUAGUAGAACUAUCACAUAUAUUAUCAUCUCAUUUAUAUAUAAUCAUUAUUAUUAUUACUAUCCAUAUACAUAAGCACACACACAUGCACGCAGCAUACAGAGACACACUGUCCACCUAAUAGUCUAUUGCUAUUGUUAUUACUACUUUUAUUACUAUCGUUAUAAUUAUUAUUAUUAGUACUAUUGCUAUCUAUUUUAUUAUUGUUAUUAUUAUUAUUGCUACUAUUACUGUCGUUAGCGUGGCUCACUAGUAGAUUUGACAGCGGUCUACGGUCGUGUAAAUUCUAUUAGUUUAUGCACGGUAGCUCUUACAAAAACACGAGUCUUCAUAGUGAUGAGUUAUCGUUGAUUCUUGACGAUUGAGAAUACAAUCGACAACGAGUUCAAGAAGGUAUAACAAUACACAAGAAGUGAGCUCGUCGGCUCAUCUUGUGAAAGGACUGACGGUGUCAUUGUUAUCAUAAUGAAUAAAGAAUGCACGCCCUUGGACCAACCCGAAAA